AUGAUCUCUGGUCGGAAAGAGGAUCAGGGUGCCAGACGCCACAGCGAGAUCCUCAACUCCGCCGUCAGCGACCGCCUGUGCCACUGGACCCCCGAGGAAGACCAGUAUCUCACCACCAAGGUCUGCGAGCUGGGCCACGCCUGGGCGGCCAUUGCUGCGAACCUGCCCGGUCGCCCGCCCUUGACCUGCCGGAACCGCUGGCGAAAGCUGCAAAAGGCCCUCUUCCGGCAGGCGCACAGGGGCGUCGCCGCGGCCGUCGCCGCUCGAAGCUCGACGGCAACCGGCUCCUCCUCGCCCCCCGAUGACUUCUCCGACGACUCUGACGACGCCGACAACGAUUCCUUCUCCUCCCUGGACGCCGCGCCCGAGUCCAACCCGCCCGCCCGCCGAGGGGGCUUCCCCAGCCAGGUGUUAGCCCCCGCUGCCGCCCCCUCGCCCCCGACCGACCCGGGCAGACUGUCGGUGUUUCCCAACGCGAGCUCGCUGCCCUCCUUCGACCAGAGCGCAUACCCCCCGGGCGAUCAGGCUGCUGCCUUGGACAUGAUGACGGCCUCCUCGCCCGCCAUGACUGUCGAUUCGCUGGGCAUGCCCUUGCAUCUCUCUCCGCCUCUCUCGUCUACCGGCCCCCUCCCCUCGAGCAAUUACCGCCACUCCCUCGUGCCCUUUAUCCCCCAGGGGGCCGCCCCCAAUCAGCAUUUGGGCCCCUGGACAACAACUCUCUCCUCUACCUCUGUGGCGAACUCCAUGCCCAUCAUGCAGCACUUCAACACGCUGGGUUCGGGAAUGGCUGCCCCCACGGGCAUGGUGCCGGCUCUUUUCCCGACAAGCUGGCCCGGCGGCCUGGCUGGGAAUCAGUCCGACCAGCGCGCGGUAUCGGGCUAUCCACAGACCACCAGGCAAUCGGCUGCAAACCAUCAGCACCACCACCAUCACCACCAUAUCUACCACCAUCACUAUCACCACUAUAACUAG